CAUUUAAAGGCCCAGAGGUUGCGUCACAGAGGUGGGGCGGGGCUUACCCGGCGCGCGCGCCUCACUUCGCUGCUCGGGGUCCGGCCGAGGAGGUGACCGGAAGUGCAGCUACCGGGCCCUAAAAGAAGACGCGGAAGUGGACUGAGGUGCCGGCAGGUGAGGGGGGUGCCUCCGAGCAUGUGCAGAGUGUCCCGUUAGCCGCCACCACCUCUUGCACCGAGCUGGGCUUCGUGGAGACAGGAGAAGAGCUGAGUGAGGCCUCCAAGGGACCAGACCGAUGGAGAGGACACUGCCGUCCGAGGCUGCCACCGAGGGACUGGAAGUGCCCGAGGAGACCCUCUCCUAUGAGGAUCUGGAAGAGGAGGGCAGCACCAGGAGCCCCACAGACCUGUCAGAGCUGCUGAAAGAAGGGACCAAGGAGUCGCAUGACCGGGCUGAGAACACUCAGUUUGUCAAAGACUUCCUGAAAGGGAAAAUCAAGAGGGAGCUUUUCAAGCUUGGGACAGUGGCACUCUUCUACACCUACUCUGCUCUGGAGGAAGAAAUGGAGCGCAACAAGGACCACCCAGCAUUCGCACCUCUGUAUUUCCCACUGGAGCUGCACCGGAAGGAGGCCCUGGAGAAAGACCUGGAGUAUUUCUACGGGGAAGAUUGGCAGGGGAAGAUCCGGUGCUCGGAAGCAGCCCAGAGCUACGUGGACCGGAUCCGGCAUAUUGGGCAGAAUGAGCCAGAACUGCUAGCAGCCCACGCCUACACCCGCUACAUGGGGGACCUCUCUGGAGGGCAGGUGUUGAAGAAGGUGGCCCAGCGAGCACUGAGGCUGCCCAGCACUGGCGAAGGGGUCCAGUUCUACACCUUUGAGAACAUCCCCAAUGCCCAGCAGUUCAAGCAGCUCUACCGGGCGCGGCUGAACGCCCUGGACUUGGAGCAGGAGACCAAGGAGCGCAUCGUCCAGGAGGCCAACAGAGCCUUCGAGUUCAACAUGCAGGUUUUCGACGAGCUGGACAAGAUUGGGGCUCUGGUUGUGGAAGAAGUCCAAGAUGGCGGCCUCCCUGUGCAUGAUGGGCGAGGGGACAUGCGCAAAUGCCCCUACUACGCCGCCAAACUCGCUGGCAGUGAGGGCACCGGCUGCCCUUACCACCUCGCCCUGGCCAUGCUGAAGCAGCCCCCCGUCCAGCUGGCUCUCGCUGCCUGCGUGGCACUUGUGGCAGGGGUGGCCGCCUGGUAUAUGAUGUGAGCUGCCCGGGGGCGACGACUGCAGAAGACCACGUCUGCACUGGGUUGGCAGGACUGCACCUUCUUCCCACAGGCUUAAGGAACAAUUAAAAUCCAGUGCACAACAACCAAGUGCCCGACUCUUGCGUCUGAGGAAGGGGCCCCGCAGUUAGUGAUCAGGGGCACCUGGGCUGUCUGUCGCACAUAAAGGCUGCAGAAACUCAUCCUUAUCCUGGGAAGAGCUGUUCACCUUAUCUUCCCCCCCCCCCUCUGGUAGAGGUGGGGUUUGGUCUUCCUCAGCUGUCAGCUGGAGGACACAAGGUAAGGCACCCCCCACCCCACCCCCAGCUUGUGCCUCCCCUUGGCAGUCCUGGGUGACUGUGAAAUUCCAGGCCCAGGACACCAACCCCAAGUUGCAGGGCAAGAAGGGACCACUGACUUGCGCCAACAGAGACAAAACGAACCGCUUAAUUGUCAUGUAACUUAUGGACAAUGAUGGGGCCUCUCCCACAAUAAAGCUUAUUGUUUGCUGUC